GAGGCUGGGGUCGUGGUUGUUAAUGGUAUCUCCAUACCUGGUCUGCACGAUUGACGUGGGGAGGGGGAUGGUGGCUGUGGUGGGGAGUUCUGCUCAUCUUGUGAUGGUCGCUGUCUUGCUGACGGCUUGUUGCACCUGGUGCGAUUCGCUGUCGCAGGUUGAGGGUCAAGCUGGGACCGGGCAGGCAGCAGCAGCAGCGGCAGGUCCAGGGGCACAAACUCACCUGGACCCCAAGAGCAGUCAGCAGCAGGAUAAUGUUAAAUCCCAGUCGGACCACGACGAUCCUAAACUUGCCAACAGCGACACAUCUGCGGAAGGUGGGAAUAAAGCAUCAAAAGGAGAUCAAGACAGGUUGUCAAAUAAUACUGCGGAACAAAAUGACACGCUGCAAGCCACCUCAGUUCCCACAACCACCAUCACUACUCCAAUUCCACCAACUCCACCAAAACCUAUAUUGCCUCUGCAGACAGGGGCUGAAGCACAACAAGAAGAACAGUCAAGUGGAAUGACUAUAUUCUUUAGUCUACUUAUAUUAGCUAUUUGCAUCAUAUUGGUGCGACUGUUGAUCAAAUAUAAACUGCAUUUUCUGCCAGAAAGUGUGGCAGUUGUGUCAUUAGGGAUCUUAAUGGGAGCUGUGAUUAAAAUUAUAGAAUCACAGCACUGGGCUAACUGGAAGGAAGAAGAAAUGUUUCGACCAAACAUGUUCUUUCUAUUGUUGCUUCCACCCAUUAUAUUUGAGUCCGGAUAUUCAUUACACAAGGGUAACUUCUUCCAAAAUAUUGGAUCUAUUACCCUCUUUGCUGUAUUUGGCACCGCAAUAUCAGCUUUCAUUGUGGGAGGUGGAGUGUACUUUCUCGGUAAGGCUGAAGUUAUUUAUAAACUCACAAUGACAGACAGUUUUGCAUUUGGUUCCCUAAUAUCUGCUGUUGACCCGGUAGCUACAAUUGCCAUAUUUAAUGCUUUGAAUGUGGAUCCUGUUCUGAACAUGUUGGUAUUUGGGGAGAGCAUCCUCAAUGAUGCAGUUUCUAUAGUCCUUACAAACACGGCAGAAGGCUUAGCCAGAGAAAAUGCACCUGAUGUGAGUGGAUGGCAAACCUUCCUACAGGCAUUGGGCUACUUUCUGAAGAUGUUUUUUGGAUCUGCAGCACUUGGAACCCUCACUGGUCUCAUCUCUGCAUUGCUGUUAAAGCACAUAGACCUCAGAAAGACUCCAUCACUAGAGUUUGGGAUGAUGAUAAUCUUUGCCUAUCUUCCUUAUGGGCUUGCAGAGGGUAUAAAGUUGUCUGGAAUCAUGGCUAUUCUGUUUUCUGGCAUUGUGAUGUCACACUAUGCUCACCAUAACCUCUCUCCAGUUACUCAAAUCCUUAUGCAGCAGACACUGCGGACUGUUGCUUUUAUGUGUGAGACGUGUGUUUUUGCUUAUAUUGGCCUGGCAAUAUUCAGCUUUCCUCACAAGCUUGAGAUCUCUUUUGUUAUCUGGUGUAUUGUUCUUGUUUUAUUUGGAAGAGCAGUGAAUAUAUUUCCCCUCUCCUACCUUCUGAACUUCUUUCGAGAUCAUAAAAUUACCCCAAAAAUGAUGUUUGUUAUGUGGUUUAGUGGUCUCCGUGGUGCCAUUCCUUAUGCUUUGAGCCUACAUUUGGAGAUGGAGCCAAUAGAGAAGCGGCAACUUAUUGGAACAACCACAAUAGUCAUUGUGCUUUUCACAAUUCUGGUUUUGGGUGGAGGAACAAUGCCUCUCAUCAGGCUGAUGGAUAUAGAAGAUCCCAAAGCUCGUAGAAGAAACAAGAAAGAUAUUACCCUCAGCAAAACUGAGAAGAUGGGAAACACUGUUGAAUCUGAACACUUAUCAGAGCUAACUGAGGAAGAGUAUGAAGCACAGUACAUCAAACGACAUGAUCUCAAAGGCUUCAUGUGGCUGGAUGCUAGAUAUCUGAACCCUUUUUUUACAAGAAGACUUACUCCAGAGGAUCUCCAUCAUGGACGAAUACAGAUGAAAACAUUAACCAACAAGUGGUAUGAGGAGGUGCGUCAGGGACCUUCAGGCUCUGAAGAUGAUGAACAGGAGCUGCUCUAGCAUAUGGAUUGACCAAACAUCUGGGCUUUACUCCAAAUUUUGCACCACUGCAUUUAAGUUCCAUAAAGAUUCAGGAGAAGGGCUGGCACCAAUUUAAUUAAAUUACACUGCAUUGCAUUCUGAGCCUCUCAAAAUGUACUUAGUGCCAUCUGUUGGCUGUUCUAGUAUUUAAAAAAGGCAAAUAAAUCUGUGCAGUUAAUUCUUCUAGAUAAUAUUUUGCAUGUUUAGCUUAUUGUGAAGGUAAACAGUUAACCCUAAUCUAAGGAAUAUCUAUUUAAAAAGAACUGUCGAUGUAAAUGAACAUUCAUACCACAAGAGGACAAGCACUUUAUUGUAAAUAAGAUUACACUUUUACAAGGUUCCCACUUUCUCUGAGCAUUUGGAUACUGCAGAAACUUAGUCUCCAUGGUUAGUUCAUUGAGCUGUUGAAUAGGAAGCCCUGCUGCUUUUUUUUCUCUUUAUUGCUAUUGUUAGAUGAAUUUACUUUUUUUUUUGCUUCAUAAUUUAUCUCAACUUUGACCACAUCAGUAAUUUGACAAGAAGUGACACUCCAAUGUAAAUUUUAACUCCAGUGGGGUUUUCCCAGAUUUUAUUUAAUCUGUUGCAUCCCCAGUUUGUCUAUAUAAUGUAUUGGGUACUCCAAACAAAAGUUUCAAAUACAUUUGCAAAGCGAUUUCUCAUAAAGUAGCAAUUGAUUUAAAACUAGAAUAUUUGAAGCAUUGCAGAUUUAUGUAUACCAUCAGGAUGUGCAUAUUCUGAUUUCCAAGUUUUCCAGACCAAACUGACCUUAAUUUGUGCUUAAUUGAGAACAAUUCAACCUUUGUGACCCUAAAGGGCGCUUCAGCAAAAUAAUAUAAUGUACAUUACAUGGAAAACAUUCUUGUCUUUAUAAAAUAGCAUCUCAUCUGACUUGGGAGUAAUGCCAUGGGAGAGUUUUUACUUUUUUGAUGCUGUAUCUAAUGUGUGUCGAUUGCACAUCAAAAUGUUAUACUUUUGACAAGGAUACAAAAUAUCUCCAUUAUUUUAUUUGAAAAAAAAGAAUGCCACAUCAUUAUAUUACGAGUCCUGACCUGGAGACAGAACUUUACAAUUCCAUUUUCACCCUGACAUCAGGAGUUUGCAAGCUGGUAAAAUUAAACCACACCUUGUAGGAGAAAUUCAGCAUAGCAACUAAACAUUACAAUCGUGCUCAAAAAUACUGAUGUCCGAUGCACAAUGUCAUAGAAAACUAAUACUAUAUAUUGUGUAUGAAAAUGAGACUGCUUCAGCGUGCAAUAAGAUCAUGGCUGAUCUUAGUGGCCUUAACUUCACUUUUGUGCCUGCCCCCCAUGCCCCAUAAUCCUCAACUCCCUUGCAGAUCAAAAAUCUGUCUAACUCAGCAUUGAAAAGAUUUAGUGAUUCAACUCCCCAACUCUCCGGGGUAGAGAAUUCCAAAGCUUGACAACCCUCGGAGAAAAGAAAUUCCUCCUCAUCUCUGUCUUAAAUGCGAGGGCCCUUGUUUUGAAACUCUGCCUGCUGGUUCUGGAUUCCCCCCACGAGGGGAAACAUUUUCUCGGCUGCCUUGACUCUUAUAUCUUUCAAUAAUUCUCAUUCUUCUAAAUUCCAAUUAGUAUAGGCCCAAUCUGGUCAACUUUUCAUCGU